UGCUCGCCGCACCCAGAGACGUUUCAGCACCGGGGACAGCGGCAGCAUCUCCGCCUCCGCCCCGCCCCGCCCCUCUCUCAUCCGCCGGAGCCACCCAGCCCUGGGUGCGUGCGGGGCGGGGGGAGGAGAAGGAGGAUCGGAGGAGCCUCGCGAGAGCUGCGGCCGCUGCAGCAGGAGGCGCCGGUGGGCGCUGCGGGUCAGGAUCCGGGGGAGACGUUCGGCGGGGCCCGAGGACCGGGGCAGCGAAGCGCUUUAUUGGUGGUGUGACAAGUUCUUCUGUCUAUCUGUGGAAUAAAGACUGAGCAACAUCAUGGGAGAAAGAAUGAACAAUUUCCCUCCUCUCCCUCAUUUUAUCCCAUUGAAACCGUGCUUUUACCAGGAUUUUGAUGAGGAAAUCCCACCCCUACACCGAACCACAGUCAAACGUCUUUACUACCUCUGGAUGUUGAAUAGCAUCACCUUGGCAGUGAAUCUGAUUGGUUGCCUUGCGUGGAUGAUCGGAGGUGGUGGAGCAGUUAACUUUGGACUGGCAAUUCUUUGGCUCAUUCUCUUUACGCCUUGCUCCUAUGUCUGCUGGUUUAGACCCAUUUACAAAGCCUUCAAGACAGACAGCUCCUUCAGCUUCAUGGCUUUCUUCUUCACCUUCAUGGCUCAGCUGGUGAUCAGCAUCAUCCAGGCAGUCGGGAUCCCCGGCUGGGGAGUCUGUGGCUGGAUUGCAGCAAUAUCUUUCUUUGGGACGAACGUGGGGUCGGCUGUCGUGAUGCUCAUCCCCACCAUCAUGUUCACAGCCAUGUCUGUCUUCUCCUUCAUUGCCCUCAGUAUGGUCCAUAAAUUUUACCGGGGAAGCGGUGGGAGUAUCAGCAAAGCGCAAGAGGAGUGGACGACGGGAGCCUGGAAGAACCCCCACGUGCAGCAGGCAGCUCAGAACGUGGCGGUCGGUGCUGCCCAGGGAGCCAUGAUGCCACACGAGACGCAGUAUUCGGCCACUCCUAACUAUAACUACCCCAAUGACAUGUGAGGUGUGACCUUCCCCACCCAACUAGAACUUCCCGAGUGAGAUGUGAACCUGAGAGGGUUGUGACUUGAAGUGGGCAGGAAGAACUGGAGGAGAGCGUGUGUGUUUCUCUGUGUAUGUAAAUUCCACUGUAUAGGAGGGUUGGCGCAGGGCGGGCUGUAUAAUAGCCUCCUUGAUGGGAUGGAGGCAUGUCAAAAUUGUUAUUCUUCCUCCACCCUUUGACUUUGUUCUAGGAUAAUUGUCCUUGGAGAUAAUUCUCUCUCUCCCACUCCCCCCAAUCUGAAGAAGCUGUUGCGUUGACACGCAGGACUAUUGUGCCGUGCUGUAGUGACUGUACAUGUGUGUGCUGGUCUCCCUCCCCCUUUUGUGAAACAAUGUACAGUGGUGGUUUUUAAAUUUUAUUGUGGUGGUAGAUGAUAUUAUAGCUGCAUCAGCCGGGGUGAGCGUGGAGAGCCCAAACAUUCAAGAGCUACUAAAGGGACACUCUGGGGGUUUCAUGAAUAACCCAGUUCACAAUAGCUGCCUGUUGCAAGAACUUUGUCGGGUUCAUUCUGUCUCAGCUAUUUGCAACUUAUACUGUAUAGAACAGGGUUAGGGAGCCUGUGACACUUUGGGUGUUAAGGUCUCCAACUCCCAUCAGCCCUGGCCAGCAUGGUCAGAGAUGAUGGGCGUAGUAAUCCAACACCUGGGGGGGCUGCAUGUUUCUGACAUAGGGCAUUGCUGGCUUUUUAGCGUUUAAACCCUGCUCUUUUUCACACUCUCUCUCCACUCUCAAAACCAGAGCUCAACCUUUUCAUUCCAUGCUGAUCCACCAGAGGUUACCACUUACCUUAACGUGCGGUAUUAUAAACAAGUCCAUUUACUCUUCCGAUGUAUCGAUAGGAAGGCAGUGCUAGUGUGUGGCUUAAAAAACAAAGUUAUGAGCAGUGCUGUAGAGCUGCCCUGUUUGAACUGGAGCAGACCUCUGUGUUCAGUGUGAACCACAUUCCAAACAUGCCCCCAACCCCAGAAGCCCCAUACCUAAAAUUAUGGAGAGGAUCUUGUUCCCUUCUGGACAAGCUUUCGAAGGCCAUGUGCUGGUGGUGUGCAGGGCCAGAGGAAAAACCAAGUGGAGCUAUGAACGCCUGUGUUACUUUUGGACAGCAGGCUAGUUUCUCUCUGCCUUCCAUCUAGACAAGCAAGAGUUCAAUCAGAAUUCAAGACACAUUCCAGCCAGGCAAAAUCAUGAAAAGUGUGUGUGUGUGUGUGUGUGUGUGUGUGUGUAAGUAACAGGGUCAAGUGAGGGGUGUUGCCUGGGGGAAGGGCCAAAAGGUCUGAGGUUCCCCACCCCUGUUGUGUGGGCCAUAUAGUUCAAGCCCCUGCUUGAUGCCACAAACCCAGAUGUAGAGCAUCACCAACUGGUGGUUGUUCAACUUGUGCUCGAAGACCUCUGGUCAGCAAGAGCCUCCCCGUAACCAGGCAAUUGGUUCCAUGACCUCAUAAUUUUACGGAGACUGAGAGGAGAUAUGAUAGCCAUAUUCAAAUAUCUGAACUAUUGCGUGGAAGAUGAAGCAAGCUUGUUUUCUCCUGCUCUGGUGGGUAGGACUUAAACAAUUGGAUUCAAGCUACAAGAAAGGAAAUUCCGACUACAUAUCAAGGACAACUUUCUGACAGUAAGAGCUGUGUGACAGGUCUCCUGCAGGAGGUUGUGGACUCUCCUUCCUUGGAGGUUUUUAGGCAGAGGUUGGAUGGCCAUCAGUCAUGGAUGCUUUAGCUGAGAUUCCUACAUUGCAGGGGAUCAGACUAGAGGGCCCUUGGCAUCCUUCAAACUCUACAAUUCUAUAAGAGCCAGUGUGGUGUAGUGGUUAAGAGUGGUAGACUCGUAAUCUGGUGAACCGGGUUCGCAUCUCUGCUCCUCCACAUGCAGCUGCUGGGUGACCUUGGGCUAGUCACACUUCUCUGAAGUCUCUCAGCCUCACUCACCUCACAGAGUGUUUGUUGUGGGGAAGGAAGGGAAAGGAGAAUGUUAGCUGCUUUGAGACUCCUUCGGUUAGUGAUAAAGCGGGAUAUCAAAUCCAAAUUCUUCUUCUUCUUCUAUGAACAAUGUUCCAAAUUCCAUUGGCUCACUAAUACACGGCAAUUCUCAACUAAAUAUAAAGAGUGGUUUUUUCUUUCCUUGGCCAAAACAUUGUAGUACAAUUCCUAAUGUUUCUGAAUUGUCUGGUGGUGCCAGAAGGCCCAGCAUCCAGUAAUUGUAUUUUCAUUGAUUUGUAUCAGUAUUUCCACAGAGCCACAAGGCUGCUCUAUGGAUUUUUGUUUUUUUAAAAAACAUGCAGGCACAGAAGAUGCUUCUGUAUAGGAAUUAAUGUGAAGCUUGUCUAUAAUAGGCUGUCUUGUGUGAAGAGCCACCACACAUGGACAAGCGCUUUUCAGAACAUGGAGGCCUCUACUUCAUCCUGAGCAGACUUUCACUUCAACCUCCAAUGCUUUUUCUUGAUCUGAGUAUGGAUCUUGUAUUUUAUCUUGUAUUUUAACUCACCCUGAGAUCUAUGGAGGAAGGGCAGCAUAUAAAUUUAAUUAAUAAAAAUAAAAUAACAAAUAAUAUGGCAACUCAUUCUGAUUUCCUUGGCCAGAACACCCUCUUCCCCAUCAUAUCCAACAUCAGAACAUAGGAAGCUGGUUUAUACCAAGUCAGGCCAUUGGUUCAUCUGGCUCAGUAUAGCCCACACUGACUGGCAGCUACUCCCACUCUCCAAGGUAUCAGCUAGGGGUCUCUCCCAGCCCUACUGGGAGAUGCUGGAGGUUCAACCUGGGACCUUCUGCAUGAAAGCAGGUGUUCGGCCACUGAGUCAUGGUCCUUCCCAAGGUGAAAUACAGUGCUACACCUGAACAGGAAAUAUAACCCAGGUAGGAGGCAGAGGGUCAUGUGUGCAGGCCCUGCUCCCAGUGCCCCCCAUGGACCCUGCCCCUCCUCCCCUCGGUUCCCAACCUUUGCAUGUUGAGAUGGAAAGGUCUGGUGGGUGACUUCUACUUGCAUUUGCCGCCUCCUGAUCUUCCCAGGUCAACGCAGGAAGGGUGUAGGGACUGAGUGGAUAAGGAUGGAGUUUUUGGGAGAUGGGGUCACCAUAUUCACUCCCUUGCUCAUUAAGUGGGUUGGUACCCAUGGUGCUUGAACAGGGCUAUUGUUUGUUUGCUUUAUGGGAUUGUGUGCUUUGAAUAAGAGAACGUGAUAUUCCCUGGUGGUUCAAGUGGCUGUGAAGUAUGUUUAUGCCUUCCUCUGCCCCUGCAUCUUACCUUGCUGUGUUCUCUGUCGCUAGAUCAUUACUGUUUGGCCUCACAAGUGUGUGCGUGCGCAUUCAGGGUUUAAAGAUUGGCAGUUCCACUGAA